AUGGCGUACAAUCAUCCUGGGAGCAGCCCCUUUUCGUUUCAACAACAGGUAGCGCACCCAUCUUCUCGCGAAACCGCUCGCAACAACGCCCGCUCAUUAUCAUCCCGCUCCUACCCCAACUCUUCCUCGUCAUCCUCUUCUUCCUUCUCGCCAUCAUCUUCCAGAUACUCACAUUUUCCCGCCUGUGGUACCAACGUUAACACGAGUCCUUCCCAGCCGUUUGGCGACGCCCAAUUCGAUGUCUUCGAGUGGUAUGUUCAAUACCAGUCGUGCGUCCGCUACUUCCUCGACUAUGGUCAAUACUCCGCUCCGGUCCAGGCUGUCACUGCUUUUGCCAACAUUCAACUCCCCUUCCAGAAGUCUGUCCAUCCUGUACUUUCUUCCAAUCUCGUGGGGGGCCCACCAGGUGCGGGCGGAGUCAUGGGUGAACAUGGCACAGGCCCGACCAGAUCAGCGGCACAGCCAAUUGCCUAUGCGACCCUAGUUCCGUACAUACGCCGACUGGUUGCGACGGGCUUGGACACGCCCGCCGUUCUUCACGGUUUCUUUGGCGACGACUGGGGGGAGGGCAUCGGCCGCAUCCACGAGACCGAGAGACGCAACUACCUCUUUGCGGCGAAAAGCGACAACUGGCUCAAGGUGAAGACCGACUACGACAUGAGCGAGGACCAGACGAUUCCGUUUCUCCGACCGCUACUGAACGUGUCUGAAGAGGAGAUUGUUAGUGCGGAAACGACGUGGAGCGAGUGGCUUGCCAUGCAAGACUGGAUGCUAGGCCCACGGGCACCAGCCGGAGUUGGCGGCCGUGCCAAUAUUAAGCGCGAGCAGGACUGA